GUGCAGAGAAGAUUUAGCAUAAAUCUGAAGGGCCCUAGGAUUUUCGGAACGGCCAACGAGCAUUGGCUUCCAGUGAAAUUCAGCAGCUGCAUUAGCCUCUGACAAGAGAGUCAGACUGUCUUUGAAGCUUUGAAGCCAGGCACUGAUUUCUCCUCUGCAGCUAUGACAGUCCUGGAUGGUGGCAUCUUCCAGCAGAAGGCUGUCCCAUCUCCGGUGGAAGUGUAUUGUUUAGUGUAGCCACCGUCAUUAGUUACCUUAGCUGGGUCUUCUGGAGAACUGGCUGCAGCUCCUAUGUCAGCACUUGCUGCUUCACCUUGCACUCGAUGUUAUGCUGAUGGCUUCUUUCCUUGGAGCUCAUGAACCAGCCUCUGCCAGCUGUAAACUUUUCUUCUGCAGCUCCUUCACGUCCCUCAGCCUUCACAGAAUUGAAGAUAGUCAGGGCCUUGCUUUGGAUUUGGUUUAAGGGACUGUUGUGGCGGGUUUAAUGUUCUGUCCAGACCACUCAGACUUUCUCCAUCUCAGCAAUGAGACUAUUUCACUUUCUUACCAUUCGUGUGUUCACUGGAGUAGCACUUUUAAUUUCCUACAAGAACUUUUCCUUGCAUUUAAACUUGGCUAACUUUUUGGCACACAGCGACUAGCCUUCAACUUGUCUCAGCUUUUGACUUCCUUACUAAGUGUAAUCAUUUCUGGUCAGAGACAUGUGACUCUUCUUUUCACUUGAACAAUUAGAGGCCAUUGUGGGGUUAUUAAUUGGCCUAAUUUCAGUAUUGUUGUGUCUCAGGGAAUAGAGAGGCCCCAGGAGAGGGAGAGAAAUGGAGGAACAGCUGGUCAGUGGAACAGUCAGAACACACACAACACUUACUAAUUAAGUUCGCUCUCUUUUAUGGGCACGCUUCAUUGCACCUCAAAGCAGUUACAAUAGUAAGAUCACAGAUUACUGAUCACAGAUCACCAUAAAAAAUAUAAUGAUAAUGAAGAAGUUUGAAAUAUUUCAAGAAUUAGCAAAAUAUGACAGAUGAGAAAUGAGCAAAUUGCUGUCAGAAAAAUGGCACCAAUGGACGUGGCUCUAUGAAGGGUUGCCACAAACUUUCAAUUUGUAAAAAACAAAACAAAAGCAAAAAAAAAAAAACCACACACACACACACAAAAACAAAAAAACAACAACAAAGCAAUUACCUGUGAAGCGACAUAAACCGAAACACAGUAAAACAAGCAGCAUCUCACUUUCAUCAGCAUUGUUGAAAGAAGAAAAAAUGCCAGUCCUGUCUCCUGAAAUCAAAUUUGAUACAUCUAAUGUCACCAGAAAUUCCCUUGACAGUUGUUUUCUUUUUGAGAAUAGUUGGAGGAAAGCAGUUUUAGAAACACAAAGGAUGAAGAAGGAAUACACCACAAUAUUUGGUCUAGAAGAGCUCAAAGAAUGUGUCAAAAUGCCAUAUUUACCAGGACUGCAGAGUUGCCCAAAAAGUGUAAGUUCAACUCCACUGGGUGUUCAGUCAAGACGGCUGCAUGCUGAGACCGAGAUGCCUCCAGUCAGGAUAAGGAAGACUAAGGAGGCAUGCACUGUGGUACCACUUCAGGAAAAACCAAAGAGAUUUUUAAAGCAUUCUAAUUCUUCAAUUAGUUUUGGUACUGGCUUCAGUGAUCCUCUUGCUGGAGCACCAUCUCAAUACUUACAGAGACUUUCCAAAAUGGCCAUAUUGGAGUAUGAUACCAUUCGUCAAGAAACUACUAGAAAAUCCAAAAAGGGCAAGAAACGAGACCUACGAGACUGCUGAUAAAUACUACAUGGUUAAGUGCUUUCUACACUGAUAUCCAAGGUUUAUAUAUUUUUUCCUUUCUUUUUCUUUUUUCAUAUGUCAUAUGAUGUACAAUGAUUUACAUAAAAGUGGAAAUGUAAAUAGGAAAUAAAUAUUUUAUGUAAUACAUA